GGCUUAUGUUUCUACUAAUUUUUCUUGCAUUUAUUGCACUUCCUUAGCACACAUCACACUCCCCUUUGUUUUUUCUGUUGCAGUUUCAUUUUCUUGGCUCCCCUCUUUUUCCCUUGCUUUUGUGUUGUUUACUUCCUGUUAGUGUUAGCAGCAAGAGGUUGGUGUGUGGGAUAUUGUGCUUUUCUAGUUUGGAUUUCGUUUUCUGUCUUCAGCUUUUCUCUUGAAUCUUGCUUUUCUGGGCUACUCACAAAGUUACAGGGAUUGACGAGAAAAGAAGAAGCAAAAUAUGGCAGGAGGUGGAGCUCCAGCACCAAAGGCAGAUGAGCCAGCGCCGCACCCACCAAAAGAUCAGCUUCCAAAUGUUUCGUACUGCAUUACCAGCCCUCCUCCAUGGCCUGAGGCCAUUCUUCUUGGAUUUCAACACUAUCUGGUCAUGCUUGGCACAACAGUCAUCAUACCCACUGCCCUGGUUCCUCAAAUGGGAGGAGGAAAUGAGGAGAAAGCAAAAGUUAUUCAGACUCUGUUGUUUGUUGCGGGCUUGAACACCCUGUUACAAACAUGGUUUGGAACCAGAUUACCUGCUGUCAUCGGAGGUUCUUACACCUUUGUUGCGCCCACUAUUUCGAUUAUCCUGUCUGGUAGAUGGAGUGAUCCAGAUCCUGUCUCGAGGUUCAAGAAGAUAAUGCGGGCCACCCAGGGUGCACUUAUAGUUGCCUCAACCAUUCAAAUAGUCCUAGGUUUCAGUGGUCUAUGGCGUAAUGUUGCAAGGUUUCUGAGUCCACUUUCAGCUGUUCCUUUGGUUGCUCUUGCUGGUUUUGGGCUCUAUGAGUUUGGUUUUCCUGGGGUUGCCAAAUGUGUUGAAAUUGGGUUGCCGAUGCUCAUCAUUUUGGUUAUCUUUUCUCAGUACUUGGCCCACCUGAUACGUCCAGGAAAGAAUAUCUUUGACCGUUUUGCAGUUAUAUUCUCAGUAGUAAUUGUGUGGAUUUAUGCCCAUCUACUUACUGUGGGUGGGGCCUAUAACGGAAAGGCACCCAAGACGCAAACAAGCUGCAGAACUGAUCGUGCUGGACUUAUUGAUGGUGCUCCAUGGAUAAGGGUUCCAUACCCUUUCCAGUGGGGCGCACCUUCAUUUGAUGCUGGUGAAGCCUUUGCCAUGAUGAUGGCUGCAUUUGUUGCUCUUGUCGAGUCAACUGGUGGCUUUAUUGCUGUGUCUAGAUAUGCUAGUGCAACCCCCUUGCCACCGUCUAUUCUCAGCCGUGGUAUUGGCUGGCAGGGUGUUGCUAUCUUGUUGUCUGGACUGUUCGGGACUGGUAAUGGAUCAUCUGUAUCUAUUGAGAAUGCCGGCCUAUUAGCACUGACGCGUGUUGGCAGCCGACGAGUAGUACAAAUAUCUGCUGGAUUCAUGCUUUUCUUUUCCGUUCUCGGGAAGUUUGGAGCCGUUUUUGCUUCUAUUCCAGCCCCUAUCGUGGCUGCUCUGUACUGCCUCUUCUUUGCAUAUGUUGGUGCGGCUGGUGUAAGUUUUCUUCAGUUCUGCAACCUCAACAGUUUCCGGACCAAAUUCAUACUAGGCUUUUCUAUCUUCCUCGGCUUAUCAGUGCCCCAGUACUUCAAUGAGUACACUGCUAUUAACGGAUAUGGCCCUGUCCACACAUCCGGCAGAUGGUUCAACGACAUCAUCAACGUGCCGUUCUCGUCAGAGGCUUUCGUCGCUGGUAUUCUUGCAUAUUUCCUGGACAACACGAUGCACAAGAAGGACAGCCAGAUAAGGAAAGAUAGAGGCAAGCACUGGUGGGACAAGUUCCGGUCAUUCAAGACCGACACGAGAAGUGAGGAAUUCUACUCUCUUCCUUUCAAUCUCAACAAAUAUUUCCCAUCUGUGUAAUCAAACGAAGGGAAGUCGGGUUUUCUUUCGAAUUGUGCUCGCCCGAUGGGUAACUAAGGUGUGAUCACUGGGACAAGUAUACCACUGUUCUUGUAUUUUGUUACAUGGGUAAUAGAAGUAUAAAUAGCUUAAGACAAUGCUAAGGAUGCCUUAGAUUAUUCUGUACUGUUUCCUGUUCUUUUCUGCUGUAAAUUUACUGGUUUAUAUAUGGAGUAGCAUCACCCAAGUUUUGCUGCUUUUAAA